AUGGGGAGUUGGCUGUUCACGGUUCUUCUGACGGGAGUGGUGCUGCUCGGUACCGCGGAGUACUUUGAACUGAUUAACGCGCGGGCGAAGCUGAACAACGUGGCCGUUCCUUCGCGACUGUCGGUCUACAUUGGCUGCAUCGGUUGCGCCAUCAUGCCGCUCAUUGCAAUGGUGAAUGGCGGGCUUUUGACCCCGGGAGUGAAAUUCGCCGGCGGGCUGCUGCUGGCGAUGCUGCUGACUCAGCCCAAGCGGCCUCGUUGGAGUCAGUUCACGGGCUACGUCUGCGGCCUCUUCUACUGCGGCUUCCUGCCCAGCUUCUGGGUCACGCUGCGGUGUGGGCUGGCGACUACAGCCACCACGUCAUCCCCAGUGGCGCGGGUGUGGCCCGCCCUGCUGGGAGGGCCGGCGCUGUGGACCACAGGGCUGGUGGCCAUCUUCAUGGGCUUUGCGGGGGUCAUUGCUGCCGACACUGGGGCGUAUUUGGGCGGCAAGUCCUUUGGCAAGACGCCUCUCAGUGCGGCCAAUCAGGGAAGUCCACGUCACGAGAUUGAGAUCUCCGAUUCGGAGACGCAGCCGCUGACGGGCCCGCGAACCGCCGGCGACGCCAGCGACCGACCAUGCGACAGCAGGGAUCGUCCUCCUCUCUCGCAAGCGCGGCGAGAAGUCAGGCGACACGACUACGUUCCUGCUCACAUCAACAGAGACAGCGGAGCCGCGAGGCUCGGAGGGAGGUCCGGCGAGAGGUUCGGCGAGAAGUUCGGCGAGGAGGGCGGGUUGCUGGAGACGCUAGGGCAGGAGAUAGUGGCAAUCGUGACGCCCGUGUCCAUCUGCAUGCUGCUUGUCGUCGCGCUCGUGCUCGCGCUCACCCCGCACGGCGCGUCCGUCACAACGCCCACCAUCGCAACGCUGGUGUAUCAGGAAGAGAGCACGGACGCGCCCUGGCAGCGGCUGUGGGGCGCGCUGCUGAACGCAGCAGCGAUGGUGGCGCUGGUGACAGCAGCCACAUUCGUGCUCGUGGGGCUGUUCUACUGCGGGUGUGCGCGCUGCAUCUGGGGCUACAUGGGCUUCUCGGGAUUCGUCAUCUUUGCCGGGCUGGGCGGCACUCUCGCAGUGCAGCUCAUUCAGCGCUUCUCCAUACCCAUAGACAUCAUCACCUUCGCUCUCCUCGUGUACAACCUGUCAGUGGUGGGAGUGCUCGCAGUCUUCUUCUGCCGAAUGCCCAUCUUCCUCACGCAGUCCUACCUCGUCGCGGUCGGCGCCAUCGUCGCCUUCUGGUUCUCCAGCCUGCCAGAGUGGACCACGUGGAUGGUGCUCAUCGCCAUGUCGCUUUACGACCUCUACGCUGUUCUCACACCAGUGGGUCCCCUCAAGCUGCUACUAGACAUAGCCAUGGAGCGGGACGAGGACAUCCCAGCACUCAUCUACGAAGCCAGGCCCCCACCCAUGCCCUUCGCCCCUCCUCCUCCCAUUCCUCAAGGGGGGGAUGAAAGGCUGGGAGGGGAGAGAGGGGAGGGGAGGAGGGGGAGGGGGGUAGAAGGCGGGGGUGAGAGAGAGGAAGGAGAGAUUGAAGGGAUGCCACUUUUAAGUCGAGGAGUGGCAAUCCCACCAGAUGGUGCAGGAGGAGGGAGGAGUGGAGGAGAGAGAGGAGGGGAGGGGCAGCAGAGGAGGAGUGGUGAGUGGAGCGAGCAUGCAGCAGACUUGAAUCGCGGGGGGAGUGGAGUGCUGCUUAACGAGGUGCCUUAUAACGGGGCGGUGGAUCAGUUGUCUGGUAGCAGGAGCCGCCCGGGAAGCAGCAGAGGGCGGCGGGGAGGGGAGAGCGGGCGAGCAGGUAGCUCUAGGGUAGGGAGAGUGGGUCGCACACUUUCCAUGCCGUCUCCCAAGCAAAGCGGAUUGGUGGAAGGAGGAGGGAGAGGGAGAGGAGGGGGAGUGGGGGGGAGUGGGGAGGAGGAAGCAGUGGCGCCUGUGGUUCGAGUGAGUUUGGCUCAUGGGGAGCGUGUGGAGGUGAGGGGGAGUAGGGAAGGAGUGGGGAUGUUGGGAGUGCAGGAACGAGAGGGGGGGACAGGAGCAGAAGCAGAAGCAGCAGGAGCAGCAGGCAGAGAAGGAGGAGGGGGAGGAGGAGGAGCAGGAGAUGUAGGAGCAGCGGGAGCAACAGCGGCAGCUGCUGCUGCAGCUGCAGGUUUGCUGGUGGGUGGGGAGGAGACAGCAGUGAGAGGGGAGGAGGAGGUGGAGCGAGAAAUAGCGCGGCUCAGAGAGGUUGCCAGCCAGCACCUGCGCGAGAGGGAGAGGGAGAGAGAGAGGGUGCGGUGGCGAGGCGGGACGAUCUCCCGGGCGGUAUCGCUUGGACCGGAGUGGAGCAUGGGGGCAGUGAGUGGCGGCAUUCGGAUGAGAGCCGGGCUGGAAGGGCAGAUUGCAGGGAUUGAGGGGCAGAGUGUGGGAGUGGAGGGUUUGCCUGGUGUGGUGGACGGGCAGAUGAGAGGGUUUGAGGUGAGUGGGGGUGCAGUGGGGUGCGGAGCGGUGCCAGGCAGAACAGAUGGGUUUCCACACUCUGUUGCUGAGGGUAGCAGUCGCCCGCAUAGCUUGCUUGGGUCUGGUGGGUGGGGGAGCAGAGGGGAUUGUGAGGGGAGUGGGGGGUGGUCAGCUGACUUGUCCUCGGUUCGUGUGGAGGAUCUGAAUCAAGGUGGCCCUGCUGCUGCUGUUGCUGCUGCUGCUGCUGCUGCCUCUGCUGCUGCUGGCGCUGUUGCUUCUGCUGCUGCUGCUGCUGUUGCUGCGGGCACUAGUGCUGGGCUGGGCGCUACACUUGUGCUUUUGGCGCUACAGAAGCGGGCGUUACCUGCGCUGCCCAUCUCGAUUGGCACUGUUUUCUGUUCACCGCUGCGCACCUCUCACACCCCUCACUUCCCCUCCUCUUCCCCCCCCCCCUCUCCCCCCCUCCUCCACCCCCGCCACCCCCACCCCCAUUCUCCCUCUUCCCCCGAUACCUUCCCCUCUUCGCUGCUGGUUCGAUGUCCAAAUUCACACCGCCACUCCCCCCCUUUUCCCCUGCCGUUUCCUCGCUUCCGUUUCCCCCUUUCCGUCCCUCCGUUUUCCCCAUCCCUUCCCCAUUUCUUCGCGCCGCUGCGCACCUCCCACACUCCAUUUCCCCUCCCUCUCCCGGCUGUCCCUCCUUGUCCGUCUUUCGCGGCGCAGAAAGUGUUGCUGGUGGGCGACUCGAUGAUGUCCAACUUUUACGAGGCGCUGCGCUCCUCCCACACCCGCACUACCCCCCCCAUUCCCCCGCUGUCCCCCCUUUUCCCCUGCUCUCCCCCCGUCUCCGUCGCGAUUGGUGCAGAAAGUGCUGCUGGUGGGCGACUCGAUGAUGUCCAAUUUUUACGAGGCGCUCCUCUGCGCCAUCCACAUCGGCGGCUUCAAGGGCGAGGUGAGCCAUUCGGAUAUCCCCCUUCUUAUGCCCCUUCCUCUCCCCCUUCCUCUCUUAUCUAUCUAGACUUCGCAGGCGUUCACUCCAAUCCCUCACCCCCCCAUUUCCCCCAAUUCCCCCACUCUCCUCCCCUCUCCGCUGGCACCUCGCUCCGCCAACCCACCUCCACUCUUUCCCCGGCCGUACCAGCGCAACACGGCGGGCGUGUUCAUCGUUAA